AUGAUGAUUGCCCUAGCCAUGUUUGUGAGUUGCCUUGUGGGUGCAGCAGUUGGAGGGAACAACUGGGCUUUGCUAGUGGCAGGUUCCAAUACGUACGAUAAUUACAGACAUCAGGCUGACAUUUGCCACGCAUAUCAUAUCGUUUCCAGUCACGGCAUCCCCGACGAACGUAUUGUGGUAAUGAUGUAUGAUGACAUUGCCAACAACCCUGACAAUCCUUUCCCAGGUAACAUCAUAAAUAGGCCAGGUGGUCCCAAUGUUUACCCAGGAGUACCUAAAGAUUACACGGGAGCGGUAAGCUGUUGUGCUAAUAAUAAUUCUGCAAUAAAUAACAAAACUUAUUUUAUUCACAGUGGACCAGAGGAUCGCGUGUUUGUCAAUUUUGCAGACCAUGGUGCCCCAGGUAUCUUGGCAUUCCCUAUUCGGCAUGCAGCUUUAGAAAUACAAAUGUGUCUUCUCCCUCCAGUUUAUGCUACAACGGCAGCUAACUCUGAUGAAUCCUCAUAUGCUUGUUAUUACGAUAACACUAGAAAAACCUGUCUUGGUGAUGUGUACAGC